ACUUACAAGCUGCCAUAACACACUCAUCUCUCUCUAAAGAAGCUGAAUACAUUCUCAGAGAGAAAGAAAAAACCAAAAAUAAAGAAGAAUCUACGGAGAUUUCUCCGGCCAAUCCUCGCCGUGAAAAAUGGUGAAUCUACCAGACCAUUUGUAUGAGGACUACAGUAAACUCAAGUUGACUUCUCCCAACCCAUACGCUUCUUCCUCCUAUGCUUCUUCGUCCUCAGCUCCUCCUCCUUUACUGGGUCUCACCAUCGUUCCUAAUCCGACUGUACAGAUGAUUUUCCAGUGGGUCUAUGAUCUUCACAAACCGAACUCAUUCGAGUCUGAUUUUGCCUUGCACAAUCUCGCCUACCAUAGGAACAAUUUUGAUUUCUUACCGCGUCUGUUGUGGGAAUCCCAUGGUACUGCAUACAUCAUGUUGCAGAAAAUUAUUGAAGUCUACAGACACAUCGUAGGACACAUCUCACUUCCAUUUUCCCCAAAUCUGAAUCCACUUCGAGUGUACGAUGUUUUGCUUUUGUUCCAGACCAUGGCUUAUCACCAAGACACAAAAGGCCACUUUCUUAAGGCUAAGAUGCCAAACUACUUCUAUCCUUUGAUGGACAUUGGUGUCGCCGAUAGGCCUUAUGAACGCAUGAGGCUUGGAGCAUUGGGUGUCAUUGCUCAUAUGCUCAAGGCGUCUGAAGAUGGAGCUGCUACUCGUUUCCUUAUGGACACAAGUGCUGUUAGUCACUGUGUGAAACCCAUUGAGUUUGGCUCUACAGAUUCAAAAACUGUUGCUGUAUUCAUACUUCACAAGAUAAUGUCCACUGAUGAGGGGCUUCAGUACUGCUGCGUCUUGGCUGAUCGGUUUUUUGUCAUUGAUGAACUCCUUAAGAAGCUGCUCCACCAACUUUCUUUCAUGGCUAGACCUGCUCCAGCCUUGUUCAGGCUUAUUGUUGGUUGCUACUCCAAGCUCUCUAAGAAAUCCAGGGUUCGUGAAGGAUUAAGGCGAUACCCUCCUAACUUGCUGUUUGACGGCACCUUCACUCGUAUGAUUGCUGAGGAUGAAGUCACUGGAAACUAUUGGAAGCAGCUGGUUGAGAAUAUGGAAAACAACAACAAUGAAGCACCGAAGAGACUGUUGUCAAUGAAGUAAUGAAAACACAAAUGAGACCACACCCCUACCCUCCACAGAGAACGUUACAGGUUUACUACGCUACGCGUAACGCCAAGUCAUAAUAACUCUUUUUAAAAUUAAAAAAAAAAUAAAAAACUAUGAGGAACCAAUCGUAUGUUGUUGUUCAGUUUACUUUCUUGAGAUGAUGACUCUCUCUCUCUCUCUCUCUCUCUUAAUACUCUCUCUUUCGACUUUGUUUGUUUGUCUCUUUUGGAAAUACGUUUCAAGGCGAUUUCUUUCUUUUCUUCUUUA